GUGAUAUGUAUGAUGGGCGGCUGGAUUUUCGUUUCCCGAACAUUAGUAGGAAGUAAGCGUGGAUGACAAGAUUUAUUUCAUGGCGCAAAUAGGCGUGGGAAAUUGGGAAAAGAGACAGCAUCAAAUCGGGUAGGCGGAAAGGCCGGCAAGGACAGAGACAGAUGUAAAAAGGGUAAUGAGCUCAGCGCUCGCGUCGAGGACGGGCUCUCCCCAGCCUUGUCGUGGCACCAAGAGGGGUUUUGAUGAGGCCUUCGACCCGACUUGUGCUGUGAUUAAGACACUCCCUCUCUUCUGGAAUGAUGGAAGCCAUGACCACGGUGAUGAUGGUGACGAUGAUGGCAAUGAUGCCGGUGCCUGCUUCCAAAUGAACCCAUCAUCAUGCCCAAUAAACAAUAGAAUUGUGGGGUGGCCUCCAAUCAAAUCAUCACUAAAGCUUCUAAGGGGAGAUAUUAAAGACAGCUACGUCGCUCCAAAUUCUCUCUACGUUAAAGUGAAGAUGGAUGGCAUGGCAAUAGGAAGGAAGGUUGAUCUCUCCCUCCAUGAUUCAUACCAGACACUCACCCAGGCAUUGGAACGCAUGUUUGGAAUACAUGAGAAAGGCAAGAUUGGGGACAUUGCACAUCGCCCAAACUACAGGAUCACUUAUCAAGACAAGGAAGGCGAUUGGAUGCUUAUCAGAGAUGUAUCUUGGCCAACUUUCAUAAGGUCGGUGCAACGCCUCAAGAUACAAAAGAUUAAUGGAGACUGAAAUGGGCCCAUGCUGAUGGAUCAUCUCUACAAAUUAAGGAGGAAUGAUAUUUGCAACCACGCAUCUACAGGCACCAAACACAAGUAACCCAAAUGUGCCAACCUGGCAUGUGUGUUCGAGA